ACUCCGUCCAACAUAGGCUUAUAUUAACUAAUGCUGUUGUAUCACUUUUAUUGCAAUUUAUUGCUUUUAAAAUUUACUAUGCCAAGCUUUUUUAUGUAAUUGAAAUAUUUAACUAAAAUUAUUAUGUAAGUGUCUGCACGACGCACAAUCUGAAAUAAUCAAUCUUCUUUGUUAAAUUGAUUGAUAAAUUAUUAUUAUCAUGAAGUUGUCGGAUAGUUUGAAUAUCCUGCCACCAUUUAUGACAAUAUUCCAUCUUUUUGGGUCAAUAAUAAUAAUAAUAAAAAUAACAAUAAUAAUCAUAAAUAUGAAAUUUCGUCUUUUCAUGUUUCGAGGAUUUUGAUGUUUCAGAGAGAGAAUGCUCUCAGAUUACUGAUUGAAUAUACAAGUAUCAAGCAUCAAAUGGCUAAAAGGAGAAGUUUAAAGCAUCAACUGCUUAGUAUGGAGAUCAACUUUCAGAAUGGGAACCCUGAAGACCCCCCUAGAGAUGGGGAUACUACUAUAGAAUGUUUACAUGAAGAUUGUCUUGGUCUUAUCCUCAACAUGUUGGACCCUGCCACAGUUGCUGUUUUCGAGAGGACCAGCAAACACAUAUAUUCUAUGAUAGAAACACAUCAGUACUGGAGAAGGUUGCUGAAACGACUUCUUGCCGCACACCCAUAUCUUAAAGCAAAGGUGUGUUCUACCUGGAAUGUAGAUCUGAACAACCUGGAUUCAAAGGAUCUUAAAUAUUCAAAGAGUUUGUACAAGAAACUAGCUCGUGAGUUGAACCAGUUUUGGAAGCGCAGUGAUCGAUGGGAACCAACGGUCACACGGAACUCAAUGUUCUUUUGCCAGAAACAGAAGAAUCAGAAGAUUGUUAGCCUAAAAGUGGCUGGGGAUCACAUAGUGACAGUAUUGGGCCCAAGAACUAGAUCUGAUGAUGCUAUAUUUACAAUUAAAGUAUUUGACAGGCAGAGUGAGGCCUGUAUCCACGAGAUAUCCUCCCUGUCUGAUAAACCAGAAUACCUUGUCUUCUCCUCAAAAUAUAAUCUCCUAGUUGCAAAGGCGCAUGAAUGUCAUAGAACUCUGCCUGACACAAUCAAUAUUUGGUCAUUCUUUCCACAACCUGAUCCUCUUCUUAGACGCUAUCAUCUUAAAUCCAGCGGUAUUGGAGCUAGAUGCACUUCCAUAGUCAUCAAGGAGGACUUCUACUUCGGGUCCAGCAAAAAGGACGUUGUCGUAAUGGCCCCCACAAGGUACAAUAACAAGUCAGUUGUCAGAUUCCUUUCCCUGAAAAAAGUAGAUUUUAGCCCGGAAUCCUAUCCUCAGGGAGCAUGGAAAAGAGAUUUGAAAGGAGAUAACUGUGUGGUCACGAACAAUGGACAAAUAUUUCAAGGUGCUGGAGUUGCAAUAGAAGAGGUUGGACGUGUUAUGGUUCCUCAUCUUGUUCAACUUGGAGUUGCAGAUUUCUCCGAGAAAUGGGCAAUUCUAUUCACUGAAGCUCCUAAAGAGCUACCAGAUAGAACCAUUCAACUGAUCGUUAUUGAAAUGGCUUCGAUGGCGGUGAAAUACUUGAUUAAAGCCUAUGAACCAAGAAUAGCUGUGUAUGGUGCUAGUUUACAUCAGCAGGAGCCUGAUGUAGCUGUAACUGUAGGUAAGGACGGAUAUCUCAAGGUGUUUGAUCUGCAUCAUGGUAGAGAAUUGACAACUCAACGUGUUCCUAAACCAAUGGCCAGAACUAAUACGGCCAUUUUGGAUUUCUUUGGGACUACCAGGUUCCUGCUGGGGAGUAUAACAGAUAUCCACGUGUUUGAUCUUCAGUUUCCACUGUAUCCGUCCCAAGAAGCUCGUCUGGAUCGGAUAGAAAGACGGAGGGAACAUAUCCGUACAGUUUCUAUAUACGGAGAUGUUUUCCAGAUGGUUGAGGUACGCGUAGUUCUUCUCAAACAGUAA